AUGGCUCCCUCACCCUUCCUCGACCCGGGGCCUACCUCGUCCGCCAACAGUCUGGCCCUGCUCCACCUCAAGCGCGACAUGCUGAUACCUACCGUCCUCGAUAAUGCCCCUCCCACCUCCGAAACCGACUACGCCGAGGGCAAGGUAGCCAACACGCGCUUUGGUUCCUUUCCGCACAGCACGCUCAUCGACCAGCCAUGGGGCAGCCAAAUCCUCGCCUCCAAUGUAGAUACUGGGUCGAGAGGAGGACGAGGCAAGAAGCGCAAACGGGAGGGCGGAGACACCCCCAAGGACGUCGAGGGUGACGGUGAAGACUUUAAGGGAGGGAAGAGUCAGGCAGCUGAGGCUGCAAAGAGCGGUUUCAUCCAUCUGGUCCCACCGACACCGGAAGCGUGGACAAUCUCACUACCACAUCGAACCCAAGUGGUCUACACACCGGACUACAGCUACAUACUGCAAAAGCUCCGGGCGCGACCAGGGGACCAUAUAAUCGAAGCUGGAGCAGGUAGUGGCUCUUUCACCCAUGCAGCAGCUCGUGCUGUAUUCAAUGGGUACCCAGACGCGGAGGCAGCUCCCGUGGAAUCUUUACCAGCGAACGGGACUUCGCCUCCCAAGAAACCAGCUCGACGGGGGAAAGUUUACAGCUUCGAAUUCCAUGAGCCCCGGGCUGUACAACUCACCUCCGAAAUCGCGGAGCACGGCCUCUCCUCCGUCGUCCGCGUUACAAAUCGUGAUGUCUACAAUGAAGGCUUCUGCCUCCCUGAAUCUCCCUCAGAACCAGCCGCUGAUUGCAUCUUUCUCGAUCUACCAGCUCCAUGGCUUGCCUUAAAACACUUGACCCGUACCGCUCUCUCUACACCUACCCUCAACUCGCUCAAGUCAUCGACACCCCAUACGACCUCUACACCAGCUGCCACCUUCACUUCUCCUUUAAAUCCGAAGUCCACAACACGAAUAUGCACAUUCAGUCCCUGUAUCGAGCAAGUACAACGCACGAUCACCGCAAUGAGGCAAUUAGGCUGGGUUGAGAUCACAAUGUCAGAGCUCCAACACCACCGCAUCGACGUACGCCGGGAGCGGGUUGGCCUCGCGGAAGAGGGUCUUCGGGGAGCGAACGCGAGUGCUGCAACAGUGGAGGAGGCCGUGAAGAAGUUAAGAGAGGUAGAAGGGCGGUUCAAAGCCUUCCACAAUUCGCAAAAAGACGAAGAGGACGAUAGCAAGGACAAGAGCAAAGAGGGCAGUAGUAAGGGGAAACGCAAGAUGACCAAGCAGCAGCGUUUGGAAAGCAUACAAGCAGCGGCGGAGAGCCGCAAUCUCUUCAAGGAGGGGAGACUGCUGCAUCGGACGGAGCCGGAGCUGAAGACACAUACAUCUUAUCUCGUGUUUGCAGUGUUGCCCAGACAGUGGACGAAGGGGGAUGAGGAACGGUGUCGGAAGAAAUGGGGAUAG